AUGGCCCCUCAAGGUCCUUUACCUUCGGCAUUCAAUGUUGCGGACAGAGAUGUUGCUGAUAAAGAAGCUGCUCAAAUGUUCUACGCCGUGGUUUGCCAUUUAAUUUUGCAAGUUGGGAAGCGAAUAUUUCACUAUCAGCCAAAAUACACAAUGAAGCUAAAGCAGCACUGCUCAAGAAGCACAAAAUCAUCUGCAGCGGGAAACAUUUCUCAAAAAGGUAGACCGAAGGAAACUGACAACCACCCUUAA